AUGGCGAGCGCAGCGGCACCAAAAACUUCGUGGGCGGACGAUGUCGACGAACUCGAACAGCCCCCUAAGAUCGAAGACACCAUCGACGAGAAUGGCAUCAGGACUACUGUUGAGUACACAGUAAACGAUGAGGGGAAGAAGGUCAAGAUCACGAAGAAAAUAAAGCGGACCCUGCAGAAAGCGGUCGUCGACCACACGGUCGCUGAGCGAAAGAUGUGGGCCAAGUUCGGCCAGGAGAAGGGCAACAAGCCUGGUCCAGACAGGGCGACCACGACAGUUGGGGAGAACGUCGCUUUGAAGCUCAGUGCGGGAAACAAGUCAUCCGAGCCCGAGCCAUCUGCCGAGCAAACGAUGAAGAACAACCUCGUGAGAGCUGGUGCCGGCAAAGUUGUCUGCCGUCUGUGCAAGGGCGACCAUUUCACCGCAAAAUGUCCCUACAAGGAUUCUCUGCCUGGCCUCGACGGUGCUGAUACCCCUGGUGGAGACGACACAGGAACGCCCGCGGAACCUGCGGCUGCGGCACCUUCGGGCACUGGGAAGUAUGUCCCCCCGUCCAUGCGAAGCGGCGGGCGUGGUCCGGGCGAAGCGAUGUCGCGGCCCGGUGGCUCUCGGGACGAUCUACCCACACUGCGGGUCACGAACAUCUCGGAGGACACCCAGGAGAACGAUUUGCGCGAUCUGUUUGGCGCGUUCGGUCGGGUCGCGCGUGUCUAUGUGGGCCGCGAUCGCGAGACAGGUGCCGGCAAGGGCUUUGCAUUCGUCAGCUUCGAGGAUCGCGGGGUCGCGCAGCGGGCGAUGGAUAAACUGCACGGGCGUGGAUAUGAUAACUUGAUUUUGAACAUCCAGUGGUCACAACCGAGGGAGCAGCGAUGA